AUGUCAGCGACUGUUGAGUUGAGUCGCGAGUAUAAGGCCUCGCUCAUCCAGAUUCACCCCCACCCAUCUCUCUCUCUCCCUCUCCCCCCUUGCCACCCCCCACCACUCUCCCCCCUUGCCAACCCCCAUCAGGGGUACAUCUAUGACAGCAUGAGCUACGGCGACUACAUGACGGCGACGAUCGACGAGGAGGGCAACGCGUGGGCGGCAGUGCAGUAUGUGGCGGGGCAGCCGCGCACCGAGUGGAGCAACUGGGCUACCUUCGUCUUCAAAGUUGACCUGCAGGAGGGGGCGGACGGGGAGAAUGGGGGGGAUGGGAACGGGGGGAAUGAGGGAAACGGGGAUAAUGGGGGGGAUGGAGAUAACGGGGGGGAUGCGGGGGACGGGGGGAAUGGGGGGGACGGUGGGAAUGGGGAGAAUGGGAAGAAUUAG